CUGGGGGUGCGAGGGGAGCAACGCGCCGUCUUGUGCGUGGUCUCGUGCAUAACUAUGCCUCUUCCAGACAAUGAAACCUUUAACAUCAAAUUUGUACAAGCUGUGGAGAAAUACAAAUGUUUAUAUGAUACAACAUCACCUCGGUACAUCUCUAGGGAUGAACAGGAUAAGGCAUGGAACUGUCUGGCAGAGCCGUUUUCCUCUACAGGUGCAGAAUGCAAACUGAGGUGGAAGCACCUGAGAGGCGGGCUCACAAGAUACAUAAAGAAGAGACAAGCUGCGAAAUCAAUCAAACAGUUUUAUCUUUGGGAUGUGAUGCAGUUUGUACUCCCAUUCCUGAAAUCUAGGACACAGAUAGGAACUUUCCCUCCUCCUAAUGCUGAAGAUGACAAUGAAGACCCUGCUGACGUGGAGGACAAUAGUGUUGAUCAUGAAAGUGAUAUUGUUUGUGAAACAUUAAAGGAAGUUCCUGAAACUCCAAACACAACCGAUAAUGAUCCAUCACCUCCAAGUUGCUCUACUUCAGUCAAACGAGGAAAGAAAAGAGAUGCAGAUGAUCCUUUGGAAAGAGCGGUAGUUGAUUUUAUUUCCAAAAAAUCCUGUGAGGAAUCGGGAAAUCCUGAUUUACAGUUUUUCAAAAGUAUUUUGCCAGAUAUGGCAGGCUUCAGUGCUUCACAGAAAAGACGAUUUAAGAUUAAAGUAUUGCAACUCCUAGAUGACAUAGCUAAUGAAGGGUCAGCUUCUCGAUCACCUAGUGUCGUCUCUGCAUAUUCAGGCUCAACAAAUUACAACAGUCGGCAGCACCUCGAAUCACUCGCCGUUAUGGGUGAAGCAGCAAUGAAGGUGGAACCUUGGGAUCCAGACACCUAAUCAAGAUUUACUGUACUGUAAAAUUUGGUGUCUAUAAAACAUGAUGUAUAUGUGAGGAUUCCUUUUGAGAAUAAUAAAUGACAUUGCAACAAUUCCUGUCUAAUGCGAAACAUCCA